GUCAAACAAACGUAAACAAAACAUUCAAGUAAUCGCGAUUUUUGUGGAUUUAAUUUGUGAGAAUUAGUGAAUUAUUUAAUUAGAAGAUGCCAAAAGUAGUCUCAAGGAGUAUUGUUUGCUCUGACUCCAAGGAUCAAGAAGAAUACAAUGAGACAAAGCCACUGAAUAUCUACUAUUGCUUGUGUGGAAUGAUGUCCUUGAUUUUAGACUGCAAUAUCGAAAAGCUUCCCCUACGUCAGGAAGAUGGGGCAAGAGUUAUUGAUGGAGCUCAUCAUGCCCAUAAAAUUACAAGUAUCCCAGAUGAAACAACUUAUAUUCGGAGGCCGAAGGGAAUUGAACGGCAGUUCCGAAUGAAAUGCAAACGUUGCUCCCUGCCACUCUACUAUCGUCACAGCACCAGCAGCAAUGUGACAUUCAUUUUCCGGGGAGCUCUUGUGUCUUCUCGGGUAGCAUCGGAAAAUACAACAAUUGGAAAUUCCUUCGAUGUUUACCAGCAAGUAGCUCAGACAGCUCCACGUAAAAUCAUGGUUACGAAACACACGAAGAACAUGGGCAAGUUUAGCUCAGUAACAGUGUCGACAAUUGAUGAGGAAGAGGAUGAAAUUGAAGCACGUGAAAUUGCCGACAGUUAUGCGAAUAAUGCGAGAAUAAUUGAGAAGCAAUUGCAGAGAAAAUCUGGCAAAGGAGCAGAAUGCCCGCAGAAAGUUGAUAAUGAAGCUGGGCCAAGUCAGAGCAAAAAACCCCGUGGAACUCUUAUCGAUAAAUAAAUUGUGACUAAAUAAAGAAAUUAUUUAAACACCAAAUCGAGAUAUUUUUUU